AAGGGGAGUUGUGGGAAGGGUGGCAUGGUUGGUAUGGUACAGCCCCUCCAAAAAAGUGAGUUUAGAUUGUGCAAUAAUGCGAGGGUUAGGGACUUGGGAAGUUUUACGCAUUUAAAUGCAAAUCGCAGACAAUAAGAUCAGCCUCUGCCCAACGAUCCGUCGGUCCAUCCACGUAGAGCAUGUGUGUAUGUGUAUGUACAUAAUAUGUACACAUACGUAAUGGAUGGUGAUGCCUAGUCAAAUAGGCCAGAUAUUAGGAAUUGCCGCGUGCCGGCCUAUGGGUAGGGGUCGGAGGAUUUCUAGGUGGCAGAGGGUCUCUGCUGUGAGCUUCCUCCCAGUAGCAAUGCUGCUUGUGGCCACCGUUUCCUUGUGGGCUGGGCCAGGCUUAGUUUGAGCCAGGGCUUUGCCCCUCGCUCCAGCACAGUCCUGGAAAAUUGGGAGCUUUAUUGUAAGUGCCCUUGUGCAUAUGCAAACUAAACUUCCAUUUUCACUGAGCCUUUCUCACACAGUUCUGCGGACUAGGGACGGGGCUCGGGGUCAGAGGGUGUGGUUUUCAGACAGUUUUGGGCCUCUCCUUUUAGAACCGAAGUAGUGAUGCUGGAGCUACAGCAUGUCGGGGAGCUGGGAUUUCCUUUUUGUAGUAGUAGCAGUUGUGUAGAAAUGAUCUAGAAUGGUUUUCAAAGGGAAUUUCAAAUGUGAUUACUAUAUGGAAAAUUCACCAAUAAGGGAUACUUGGAAACUGAUUCCUUAUGAGGAACAAGGAAACGUCCAUGAUGAACCAUGAAAGUAGAAUUGGUCAACUUGUUCUAUAGGUUUGUGGUGUUCUGGAAUAAUGGCAUAACCCCAUUAAAAAGAGGGAAAUCUGACAGCUUUAAUUAGGCCAGAUUUCUUCUUUCUCAAAAUAAGAGUUGCAGAGAAUAAGAAAAGAAGAACUUGGCUAGAACAGAAGCGCCUCUUCACAGUGCUCUUUGCUUGUCAACUAUUUCGACACUAUGGAUUCUGCCACGGUGUACAACAAGGCUGCCCUCUGGCGAGGCAGUAGGAGACAGCAGAGCUGGCCUCUGCAACGGAGGAGGUUGGACUUCCCUUCUCUCUGUGCUGAAUGGCUACUAUGGCGCCCGCUCUCACUGACGCAGCAGCUGAAGCUCACCACAUCCGGUUCAAACUGGCUCCCCCAUCCUCCGCCCUGUCUCCUAGCAGUGCCGAAAACAACGGCAACGCCAACAAUAUCCUUGUCGCUACCAACGGCACCAAAAGGAAAGCUGAGGAUUCCAGCCUAGAUUUCCGAAAUAACCCUACAAAGGAAGAGCUGGGAAAGCUGCAGCCCCUAGUGGCAUCUUACCGCUGCUCGGAUGUAACAUCUGUUCCUCCAAAGGAGUCUUUGAAACUGCAAGGGGUCUUCAACAAACAGACGGUUCUUAAAUCUCACUCUCUUCAAUCCUUCUUGAAGACUAGUGAUCGGUUGGGGAGGCAACCGGUGUUGGAGUUUUCCUUGGAAAACCUGAAGACCAUGAGUACUAGUAGUCAAACACCUCUGCCGCAAGCACCUGUCAAUGGCUUAGCUAAAAAAUUGGUGAAGAGUAACAGUUCUGAUCAUGAAAACUCUGCUUCGCUUAAUGGUGGAAAGCGUGCUCCUCCUUCUGCCACCCUCCAGGACGUUGAUUCUAAUAGCCCAGGAGGCUCUGAUUUGGGGGAUCUGAAAUCGGGUCUGACCAAUUGCACUCUUCCACACAGAAGCCUUGAUGCAGAGCAUACAGCUUCACUUAGCAAUAAUGGCACUGCAAAUAAACAUACCCUCAGUUCCCCAGAGCAGCAGCAUGGACUUGAAGGGGGCAGUGGCGAAAACAGGCUGUUACUAUUAUCUGGUGCGUUGGCUCGUUCUGAUCUUGGGAGCAGUAGACCAGAUGAUCAGAAGAUCUCUCUGCCAAACAACUCUUUCAGUGUCCUUGAUUCAGAUAUGAGGACAAGGGUACUGUUGCGACGGCAGGCAGACAUUGAGAAUCGUGCUCGCAGGCUGCAAAAGCGCUUGCAAGUAGUGCAGGCCAAACAAGUAGAGCGACACAUCCAGCAUCAGCUGGGUGGCUUCUUGGAGAAAACUCUGAGCAGGUUGCCAGCUUUGGACUCUUUGAGGCACCGGAGUCAGCUGAUGCUGACCCGUAAGGCAGAAGCAGCUUUGAGAAAAGCUGCAAGUGAGGCAAGUACUUCAGAAGGACUAAGCAGCUUCUUAAAAAGUGACUCCAUCUCAGAAGAACUAGAGAGGUUUACUGCCAGUGGGAUGGCUAACCUGCGUUCCUGUGAGCAAGCAUUUGACUCUGAUGUCACAGACAGCAGCUCGGGUGGGGAGUCUGAUAUUGAAGAGGAGGAACUGACCAAAGCAGACACUGAACAGCAUCAUGUACCACUGAGGCGGCGGUCAGAAUGGCGAUGGGCAGCAGACAGAGCAGCCAUUGUCAGUCGCUGGAACUGGCUUCAAGCGCAUGUCUCGGAUCUAGAGUAUCGAAUCCGACAGCAAACAGAUAUUUACAAGCAGAUUCGAGCCAAUAAGGGCCUGAUACUCCUUGGUGAAACGCCUCCCUCUGAGCCUGUAUUAGGUGACUCAUCCCACACUCUUAGUACUGACAUCAAGCUGGAGCCUGAGAUUGACAGACUGGGCACUUCUGUCUCCCAGUCAUCAGAGAACCUUUGUACAUCUAUUGGUAAUUCCCUAGAGUCCCUACCUGCCAAAACCUGUGGAGUGCUGAGACCAGUCAAUGGAGUUAUUAACACUCUACAACCAGGCUUGACAGAGCAUGCUCAGGGAGACAGCUCGGACGCUGAGGAGUUGCUGCGUAAAAAACAGAGGCUAAAUGUAGUCUCUCUGCCUCCUGAUGGAACCUGUGUAGCGGCCCGCACACGCCCUGUCCUCAGUUGCAAGAAACGGCGGCUUGUUCGGCCCAGCAGUCUGGUGCCACUCUCCAAAAAGGUUCAUCGCAAUAGCAUGGGGCGGUGCAGCUGUGAUGUGAACCCCUUGUGUGCACUCUGCGGCACUCGGAGCUCAGCAUCUCCAGAAAUCCACUAUGAAGCCCUUCUGAUGGAGCGACUCUCUCAGUUGGACUCCUGCAUCCACCCUGUUCUCUCAUUCCCGGAUGAUGUGUCGAUGAGCUUGCAUUUCCAGAGCAUGCUAAAAUCCCAACUACAGAACAAAUCUUGUGAAAAACUCAAACCUCCCAAAAAGCUCACACUGAAGCACCGGCCCACCAUGCCUUCCAGCAGUCUGUCUGACCCCGCACGCAAAGACCGCCACAAGCUGGUUAAUACCUUCUUAGCAGCAGCCACUUGCUCGCCUCACAAAACCGAGCCAGACAAGGCACACAGGCAGCCCUUAGACGAUCUAAGGGCCGCUCCCAAGGCCGAGAGAGCGCCAGAGCGCUCGCUUAUCCUGACUCCAGUUCAUGAGAGAAAGCGAUUACGGGACAGCUCCUCCGAGAGAAGUGAAGUGUUGAAGCACCACACAGAUGUUGGAGGCCCCAGCUACCUGUCGAGCGCCAUGGCCUCUACAGCCCACAAUCCUAUUGUGCGGCAGCUGUCCACAUCCUCAGAAAACUCCACCCCUGCCAGCACAAGUUCACUGGGCACCUCCAGUGCAUCGCAACCAAGGAGGCGGCGAGGGGAAAGCUCUUUUGACAUUAACAACAUUGUCAUCCCUAUGUCUGUUGCUGCAACAACCCGUGUAGAAAAACUGCAGUACAAGGAAAUCCUCACUCCAAGCUGGCGUGUUGUAGAUGUCAGUGCUGUGAAGGUGAACCCAGAUGAAGACAACGAAGAGAUUGAGGACCUAUCCGAUGCAGCCUUUGCCACUCUCCAUGCCAAGUGUGAGGAGAUGGAGCGGGCACGGUGGCUGUGGAGCACAAGUAUGCCUCCUCAGCGGCGGGGUAGCAGAUCUUACAGAUCAACAGAUGGACGGACAACCCCACAGAUGGGGAACCCAUCUACCCCACAGCCAGCAUCUCCCGAUGUUGGCAACUGCCACUCCCAUUCUGACUUCUCCCACGCCUAUUCUCCACGCAGUCCCAUCAGCCCUGAUCUGUUCUCUGGCCCCCACACCCCUCUGUCCCGGGACUCCAUGCGGCACCUGUCCACUGAGGAUACACGUUGUUCCACACCAGAAUCUGGCCUUGAUGAACAGACUGUACAGCCCUGGGAACGGCGGAGCUUUCCAUUGUCCUACAACCCCAAGACAGAAUGUGAGGACCAGUCAGACCCACAGGACCGGUCAUCACGAUGCACACGGCGCACGUCUGGCGGCAAACCCUCCCGAGAAACAGAUGGGGCACCCACCUCUCCCACCCUUGCUUGUCUCAAGAACCGGAAUCCAGGGGCAGUGGCCACAGUUCAGCGGCCGGCCCACAGAUAAGAGAUGGACAGGAAGAUGAAUACAAAAAGCAAUCCACCAAACUAACUCUUGGCAUUAAAAGCUUCCGAAAUCUGCGUUUGAUAUUCAAACAUCCUGCCGGGAAUUUUCACAGUUUUUAGUGAAUUUAAGGAGUUUAGAAACUGUUUUUCCCCCCUUUCCUUUCUUUCCAUGUUUCCUUGUCACACACACCUUAACCAGUGGUAUGUGGUCUGGUGAGGAGAGCAAACUUGUCUCCCCUUCCCCCUGCUUAGGUGUACACUCCUCAGAAAGGAGAGUGAAGCUGGCUAAUUGACCCUGGACUUUGUCCUUGGGUGAAAGGGUACUUCUUUUCUCUCUCUCUUUUUUUCUUCAUCUGUUUUGGUGUCUGUUCUCCUCACCUACCAACAUCACUGUGCCCUUCCCCUCCCCAAAUAUUUUAGUGGAGCAAAAUUAGUGGUGAAAAGUGACGUCUUCUGAAUACUGCCUCCCUUCACUAUCUGUUCUACUCAUGGGCCACACUGGCACUAGAAAGCACUUGCAAUGCAAAUCUUCAGUCACUCAGUUCUCUAAGCUGUAUCCAAAAGGGAUGGUUUUCCUCUCAUGACCCCCAGGGAGCUCUUCCCUUCCAGUUCUCUCACCUUGUGCUUCAUUAAUCCUUCCUGCUGUUUGUUGCUGCUUUUGAGACCAUCUACCCAUGUUAAGAGGAAGUGUUCUUGGUUGUUGCAAGAAAAGGCAAUUUCCCAUCCACAUGGAUAUGAUUUUUGGGGAUCCAUUUUAUUCAGGAUUUGGUUUUUGGGAUUUGUUUUUUCAGAUCCUAUUCUGCUUCUUAGGGUUAUUUUUUGAUAGUAGUUGAGAGCAGGAAAAGGGCCAUCAGCUCACCAUUUCAGAAGGAGUUUUCCAUGAUGGAAAUACUUGGAUGUCCUUUGUGCUGGGUGUGAUUUGUAAACCCACCCACCCCCCGCUUCACCAACUAUUAUUAAACCACCUACACCUCUUUAUUUUAUCCUCAGCCAAUUAGAAGUUGCAGCAGGUUAUAAAUCUGCUGUUGCUAGAUUGCAAUAUAGUCGUGUUCAGCCUUAAACACUGAGAGGAAUAUCACUGGAUUUAACAGCUUACUACCCCAUACUCACAAGCCAUAUUUAUUUAGAGUAGUAUAAUUUCAGUGUGCGUGUUUCUUCCACCCUCUAAAGUAUGUAGUCUGUGCACUGCUAAGAUUGCAUCUUCCAAUUUUAAGGCAUGUUUGAGGACUUAAAUGUUUCUUUUCCAGAGAAAGAUAGGACUUUGUUUUUCACCACUACUGCUCAGCUCAACUCCAUUUACACACACACACACACACACACGCAAAAACAAAAUGCUCAGUUUGUGGGGGCCCCCCCAACACUUUAUUAGAGCUUCUGGGGCUAUCACCAAACUCAACAGGUUUAUGGUUGGUUUUUUUCUUCCUUUUUUAAUUUAAAGAGACCACUGCCAUCACCUCCUGUCCCCAGUGACCCCCCCGAUUCUACACACCAAUUCAUCUGUAUGAUGUUUUUCUGACCCUAGCGGUGUGGCUGUUGGUCCCUGUCCAGUUGUUAGCAUUGCGCCUGUCUUCUGUAUUAAUCACAUCACCAAAAAAGGAAAGACUCCCCCCCCCCCAUUUUGUAAUCGUAAUGAAAUAGUAGCUAAACUGCUUAAUGGUUGGGGUUUUUUCACAAUUUUCAACAUUACCUAAUGUUUUUUUUUGUUCUGUUCUAGUUUAAUUUCUUUAAAAAGAGGAAAAACCCAAUGCUACCAUAUCCCUCUGCAUUAAGUGCUUUUCUAUUUAUAAGGUUGAAAAUUCUGAAUAACCCUCUUAGCGUUAUAAAGGAAAAAUCCACAAAAAAAUCCACCUUGUAUUUUGUAAAUAUUUCUUUUCCUGCUUCAAGCUGUGUAAUGUCCUUGUUAUAUAGAAACGCUUUUCUUCAGAGAAGCUGAUCUUUGUUUAAUGUCUUGAUUCUGUUGGCCAAAGCACAAAUGUGUGCUUAUAAAAAAAGGAAAAAAUGAUUAAAAAAAAUUAAAAAGUUAAAA